GCCAAGCCCAACCGUUUCGAGAAACAGAAAGAACCAACCGCCCUCUCUUUUUCCCUCUAAAUAAACACAGUUGUACCUUCCAACCCAAGAAACCAUUUUUCCUGCAACUUGAAAGAGUGAAAAGACGCCCACUAUUCCAAUGGCGGAACAAGACACCAACUCCAACUGCAAGUUCCAGACCCAUAUCGAAAUCAAGGCCCCUCCUCCUCCUCCUCCUCCUCCUCCUCCACCACCACCACCACCACCACCACCAUUCACAUCCGAUCGUGCUGACACUACUACCUUUCAACUCCAAGACCGAAUCAAGUUCAGCUUCUUCGGUUCCCGCUCUCAGCGCCGCCGCAGCGGCGACACAUGGGUCAUCUCCGUCUUCGUGAUCCUCCACGUCGUUGCCUUCUUCGCCACUAUGUUCGUCAAUGACUGCUGGAACAAUUCCCACCAAGACUGCGCCUUCAAGCUGCUUGGGAGGCUCUCUUUUCAGCCUCUCUCUGAGAAUCCCUUGCUUGGUCCUUCUGCUUCCACGCUAGGUAAAAUGGGAGCUCUUCAACAUUCAUUCUUAACAGAAUAUCACCAAACUUGGCGUCUUUUCACAUUUCCAUGUUUGCAUGCUGGAGCUAUCCACCUUGUCAUCAACCUCUGCAGUGUUGUCCUUAUAGGGGUUUUCUUAGAGAAAGAAUUUGGACAGUUAAGGAUUGGGUUAGUAUAUAUACUCUCGGCUUUUGUUGGUACCUUGGUGGCUGCACUUUUUGUCAGAAACAUUCCAGCAGUUGGUGCAUCCGGAGCUCUAUAUGGAUUGCUUGGAGCUAUGCUCUCUGUGCUUCUUCGGAACUGGAAGAUUUACUCCAAUAAGUUUUCAGCUGUAGCAUCAAUUUUCUUUGUCACCAUGAUCAAUUUCGUCCUUGGUCUGCUACCUUAUGUAGACAAUUUUUCAAAUAUUGGAGGUUUUAUAUCAGGUUUCCUGCUUGGAUUUGUGCUUUUGUUCAGCCCUCAGCUCAGGCUAGUGGCUCAAAACAAAGUAGACCUCUUUGAGUAUGGUGUUAAAGAUUCUAUCAAGUUGAAGUUGAAGCAGAAGCUAGACAGGCCAGUCCUGAGGAGUAUUUCUCUUCUUCUUUUUGGUCUUAUACUUGCUGGAUGUAUUGUAGUAGUUCUUCAAGGUGUUAACAUCAGCCCAUAUUGCAAAUGGUGUCAAUAUGUUGAUUGUGUUCCUUUCAAAUGGUGGAGCUGCACAGACAAAGCAACUUCUUGUGAGACCAUGGUAAGCAAUGAACAGUUGACAUUAACCUGCCUGAGUGAUGGAAACUUCAGGGUUUUCCCUUUCACUAACAUUUCGCAAGCAAGGAUGGAGGACUUGUGCAGUCUGAUAUGCUCAUAAAAACUUAUGAGGCCUGUUGAUUUUGUUACAAAAUGGUAGAACUAUACAAAAUUUAAUGUGCAUAUCAUGCUAAUGCUAGUCGCAAGUUAAAUGUACCAUGGUGAGCAAUGCAGAUUUGAUAUUGACCUGUUUGUGCAGUCUGAUGUACUCAUGAAUACUUGUGAGUUUUGACAAUUUUGUUCUGACCAGGUAGAAGUGUACAUGUUUUAAUAUCAAUAUUUUUUUGAUUACUAGUUAGAAUAUUUGUAGCACUGUCAGUUGCUCGUGUUUCAAUUAUUGA